AUGUCAUGUACAAAUCCUGGUAGUUCUAGUAAAAAUGGAGGAUCAAGAAGUGGUGUUUCAAGACGCAUAAAUUCAGUGAUAGAUGGUUCGUUGACAUUUUUCGGGUUCAAUUCUCGUGAAACUACCAUUGAAGAUUGGAAUGAACGCCGACUGAGAUAUAUGAUAAAGCGUUAUGGAAGUAUUAAAGGUGAUCGUUUAUCUGCUCUAACUACACCAGUGCCUUGUGAUUUAUCUGGGUCGUCAUUAAGACAACAAUUCGCGUCAAGUUCAAACGCUGAACCAUUGAAAAUUAUGACGAAACGUCAAGUAUCUUUUGCCAAUUAUUCACAAGUAUCACCACCUCCAAUUGAACCUCAGCGGCCAGUAUACUUACGCGAAUUGAGUAAUGUCACAACAUUUAGUCUACCUAUUUCACCCGCUACUCCUGGCGCUCAAAAACCUCAUGCAAUGAAAGUUAUCCUAUCGGCUAUUUGGAAUCCUCGACUUCGUCGAAUGCAGAAAAGAACAGAGGGAAUUGAAGUGGCCAAUAGUGGACUGAAUCGUUUUUAUUCAGCGCCAACAGGUCGACCAAUUGCUGCACUAGACACUACUACUCCUACUACUGAUAAUCAAUUGAGUAGUGAUAAAUGGAUAGCUUUAAAAGAUACGAAAGACGAAGAGACACCAUUUCUUGCCGGCGGCGUCGGCGGCGAUGGUGAUACAAUAUUAUCUCCUAUUGAUUCUAUUCCUGAUACCAGUAAUAAUGAUGAUAAAGUUAACCGGCGUAAUAUUCUGAUGGGAUUGGAUAAUUCAGUUGAACAAAACCCACCUGGUUAUGAAGAAUUGGUUAGUGAUGUUGACGUUAGAACUGUUGCCGAUGACGUCGCUGAUGAUGAUGAUGACGAUGACAAUCGCUUUAUUCCUCAAAGUCCAUUGGUAUCUGACCUGACAGAUCCACUAACAUCUUUUCAACAUUCGAAUAGUUUUGCUUUACGAGAAGUGAUUGGUGAGAAGCGACGUUCACGACCUUGUGUCACAUUGUCAUCAACAAAUAUUCGACCAAGCCCCGUGGUAAUACCAUCGCGUACAAGACGUUUAACUGAAAGCCUGUUAACACCAACCUAUUGGGCAUCAUCAAUUUUUAUCCCCCAUAAAGAUGAUUUCACUGAAGAUAUUUUUCGUAAUAAAACAACUGAUUACACAGAGUAUAGACCUUAUUUCACCUAUUGGAUAACUUUUGUACACAUAUUCAUAUUUGUGGCUGGUUCAAUCGGCUAUGGAUUUGCACCCAUCGGGUUAGGCAUUGCCACACGCAUAGUCGGCAAGGUAUUAUUGCCCACGUUAACUAUUGAUCAAGUCUGUUGGAUAGAAUAUGAAAAUUUAUGGAUAGGACCAAGGCAGACAGAUUUGAUUCGGCUAGGUGCAAGAUUUCCACCAUGUAUGCGAUUCGAUCCAGCGCUGCAUUCACGGGUGAUUGAACGUCAAAAGAAAUUUGAUCGUGCAUCUGGUUGUUGUAUUCGUAAUGAUGGCGGGGGUUGUUAUCAAACACAUCGAGAUGUUUGUUCACGUACACUUGCCACAUGGUUUCAUUAUGAAACUGAUGCUAAUGGCAAUGAUAAUAAUAAUAAUAAUGAUAACAGUUUCAGUAUAAUACAGCAUAAUACAAAGCAAUUGUCUACAAGUAUUUCAGAGCGUGAAAAACGUACACAUUUACUGAAUAACAGCUCUUACAGAGAGGAUAAUUCCACUGAUAAUAUAUCAAGUAUUAUCCAUUCAUUACGUCCAACACGGCUGAUUGGUCGUGCUGGACCUGUAUGUGGACUGGAUCCAGCAUUUUGUCUUCGACCACUAUCUAGUGGUGCAUUUGCAUGGUCUGAAACAGAUGUUACUAAAUGGCCUAUUUGUGAGCUGCCUGGUAAUGUGCCUAAUAUGGGUGGUUAUGCACCUCAUAUGGAAUGUCAAGUAACCGGUCAUCCCUGCUGUCUAGGUAUUAAAGGUGAAUGUAUUAUCACUACACAAGAACACUGUGAUUUUGUUCGAGGCUUUUACUAUCCAACAGCUGCUUUAUGCUCUCAGGUGAAUUGUUUAAAUCAAAUCUGUGGUAUGUCACCUUUUACAAACAACGAAUAUCCAAAUCAAAUUUAUCGAAUUUUCACCGCACUGUUUGUUCAUGCUGGUGUAAUGCAUCUAAUAUUAUCAUUAGGUGUACAAAUGAUAUUUAUGCGUGAUUUAGAAAAAAUGAUUGGAUGGCAUCGUAUUGCAUUAAUUUAUAUAUUAUCCGGAUGUAUUGGAAGCUUAACUUCAGGAAUAUUUUUACCCUAUCAAGUAGAGACUGGACCGACAGCUGCACAAUUCUCACUUCUCGGCGUAUCAUUAGUCGAUUUUAUAUAUUGUUGGCAAUUUUUAACCCACCCAUGGUAUGCCCUACUACGGAAUCUUUUUCUAAUUCUUGUCUUAUUCACCUUUGGUCUGUUACCAUGGAUUGAUAAUUAUGCAAAUGCUGGUAGUUUUCUAUCUGGUAUAUUGCUAUCGUUUAUUCUGUUGCCGUUUCGUGGUCUCCUACCAUCCCCAACAUCACAGGCUACAUCGAUUGCUAAUUCUGUAAAUCAAACAACAUUCGAUAGUACUAAUAUCAAUAGUAAUAAUAAUAAUAGUAGUAAUACACCGGCUAGUGUUACAACGCCAAGUAUUCAACUAUUCAACUUCAGUUUCAAUGAUAUUCAUCAAAAUAAGCAUCAUUAUCAUCAUCAUCGUCAGCAACACUCAUCUUCUUCGCCUAACCAUCUUCUUCAUAAUCUCCAAUUGUCACCGUCUACCUCACCUUAUCAAUAUCAACAGCGACAAUACUCCUUACUGCAUUCCUUACAUACUCAACAUCAUUGGAAGCGUCGAUGUCUAGUGAUCAUUUUGUGCUCUGUGCUUUGGAUUCUAUUAGCCAUUGGUUUGAUUGUCAUUUUUAUCUGGGGGCCUAUUAUUAAUUGCAAAUAUUGUAAUUAUUUCACGUGUUUACCGUUGACUUCGAAUAUCUGUGAUAAUUUACAAGUGAAUGUGAAUCAACGAUCGGAUUGUAUCCUACCGAAUUGGAUUUAGUGGGAGGGAAAUUCAGUUGUUGUUCUUUUUUUAUUUAAAAAAUCUUAUUUUUAUUUAUUUAUUCAUUAUUAUUAUUUUUGUAUUGUCUCCG